AUGAGUACGAAUAAUGUGGAAGAGAAAAAAAAUGAGGAAUUAUAUAAUUUGCUGAACAUACUUGAAGAAGAAUUUAAUUUGAGUAAGAUAGAAAAUAAAAAUAAUAAUAAGAAUGAUGAUGGUGAUGAUGAUGAUGUUAAUAAAAGAGAAGAUAAUAAUAAUAAUGAAUAUUACAAAAAAUUAAAAGAUGAGAAAGGUUUAGAUGUACUUAUAAAUGAAUAUACAACAUCCUUAAAGAUAAGUAAGAAAUAUAAUAUUGAUCAUAAUAAAGUAAUGGGUAUGAUUAAAAAACUUGAAACAUUAUAUUAUAUUAUUAAUCUUAUUAAAUCUUUUAAUACAUAUCAUUUGAGUGACGAAGGUAAACAAUAUUUAAAAGAAGGUUCUCCUGAAUUUAUUGUUAUAAAAUAUGUAAUUCAAAAUAAUAAAUGUACAUUAGAAGAUUUAAAAAAAAACCUUGGAAAAAUAGGAGAUAUAGGUCUAAAUACAAAUUUAAAAAAUCGUACGAUACAAUUAAAUAAAGCUGAUAAAUGUUUAACAUGUAAUUGUAAUUUACAUGAUAUACAAGACUUUACUCAAAUAUAUUUGGAUAUAAUAAAUCAAUAUGGUCAUGAUGAAGAACUAUUAUUUGCCCAUUUAAAAAAUAAAAAUCAUACGAAGAACGCAUUAAAUAAUAAUGAAAUGAAAAAUUCUUGUAAAGAUAAUAAUAUUAUUAACAAUUUAAUACAAGAUUUAAAAAAAAGGAAAUUAUUAGAAAUAAAAAAAAAUUCAUAUAGUCAUGUAAUUAAAACGAGCAUUUUUAAAAAAGAUAUUAAAAAACAAAUUACAGAUAUAAAUUAUCUAUUAUUAAAAAAUGAAGAAUAUAAAAAAUAUGAUAUAAAAAAAUAUAAUUUUUUUUCGAGUGGGAAGAAAAUCAACAAGGGAAAUAUUCAUCUUUUAACAAAACAAAUGAGAACAUUUAAAGAAAUAUUUUUUUCUUUAGGAUUUGAAGAAAUGGAAACUCAUAAUUAUGUAGAAUCAUCUUUUUGGUGUUUCGAUGCUUUAUAUAUUCCACAACAACAUCCAAGUAGAGAUUUACAAGAUACCUUUUUUAUAAAAGAACCAGAAACUUGUAUAGAUAAAUUUGUAGAUACAGAAUAUAUCGAUAAUAUUAAAAGAGUACAUACACAUGGUGAUUAUGGAAGUUUUGGAUGGAAUUAUAAAUGGAAACUAGAAGAAAGUAAAAAAAAUGUUUUAAGAACUCAUACUACAGCAAAUUCUUGUAGAGCUUUAUUUAAACUAGCCAAAGAAUAUAAAGAAGCAGGAUGUAUAAAACCCAAAAAAUAUUUUAGUAUCGAUCGUGUUUUUAGAAAUGAAAAUUUAGAUAGUACACAUUUAGCUGAAUUUCAUCAAGUAGAAGGACUUAUUAUCGAUAAAAAUAUUGGACUUUCUCAUUUAAUAGGUACAUUAGCAGCAUUUUAUAAACACAUAGGUAUUCACAAGCUAAAAUUUAAACCGACCUUUAAUCCAUAUACUGAACCAUCCAUGGAAAUAUAUGGAUAUCACGAGCAGAGUAAAAAGUGGCUAGAAGUUGGAAAUAGUGGCAUCUUUAGACCAGAAAUGUUAAGAUCCAUGGGAUUCUCCGAAGAAGUAUCCGUAAUAGCCUGGGGACUAAGUCUGGAGAGACCAACAAUGAUUAAAUAUAACAUAAAAAAUAUUAGGGACCUUUUUGGAUACAAAAGUGUUGUAUGA